GCGUUGGAGAGUGAAGAGGAGGAGGAGGAGGAGGGUGGUGUGAGUCAGUGUGUUUGUGUGUCAGACGGUAUUCCUGCUCGUCUCGCUCCACCACUUAAGUUGAAUCAGAAGCGGCCAGUGGCAUACUGUGGUGGUCUCUCUAUCUGUGUGUGUACCCGACUCUGAAAGCAUCAACAGCCUCCUGGUCCAGCAACACAGGACUCACUGAGGCCCCUGCCCAAGGCCUGUAUCAGUCACCACAGACGCACCCCGCCGACAGGGGCCCCUGUUUAAAAGUUCCAGGAUCUGGCACUAAAAGCCAAAAUGCAGAACAUAACUGCAGAAGAAACAAAAGGGAUGAACCUGACGUGCGGCCUGUCUGGACGUCAUCAGUUCGUCUUCACCGUGGUGCCCAUCGUGUACGGCUGUAAUUUUGUCAUCGGUAUCGUCGGAAACAGCAUGGUAGUGGCCGUCAUCUACUGCUACAUAAAGCUCAAGACAGUGGCCAAUAUUUUUGUGCUGAACCUUGCUGUUUCUGACCUCACCUUCCUCAUCACUUUACCCAUGUGGGCCACAUUCACAGCCUCGGGCUACCACUGGCCUUUUGGAGAAUUCCUGUGCAAGACCAGUGCAGGGCUUGCCAUUUUUAACCUCUACACCAGCAUCUUCUUUCUCACUGCACUCAGCAUUGACCGUUAUCUGGCCAUUGUUCACCCCAUGCGAUCACGCAGGUUCCGCACCGUCAUGUAUGCGUGGAUCACCUGUGUGCUCAUCUGGGUGUUUGCCUUUCUGCUCAGUGUGCCCAUAGUGCUGACCAGAGAAGUUCACAACUUCUCAAACAUCACAAUGUGUGUCAUUCUGCACCCCUCUACUGUAAAUUACAGUCUGCAGGAGCUCCUGUUGGCUAUCAGCCUGAUGAAAAGCCUGCUGGGUUUCCUGGUGCCCUUCAUCAUCAUCAUCACCUGCUACUGCCUCAUUGUGCGGGCACUGCUGAGGGCAAGACACAUCCAGAAGAGUUCCCGUUCCAGGGAUGACGAGGUACUGCGCAUGCUCGCUGCAGCUGUCCUGGCCUUUUUCCUGUGCUGGGUGCCCCAUCAGAUUUUCCACUUCAUACAGUUGCUGAUCCAGCUAAAAGUAGUGGAGAACUGUGGCAUCGAAGACAUCGUUGAUACCGCCAUGCCCUUCACUAUAUGCAUUGCCUACUUCAACAGCUGCGUUAACCCUAUUGUGUACGGAUAUGUGGGAAAAAACUUUCGCAAAAACUUGCUGCGUCUGCUACGAUGCUCACCCAAUAAAGCGACCGGGCCUCAUCCCAGUAUCAGUUCCAAGAUGAGUGCACUUUCCUUCCGUGCUUCUGAGGCACUGAGCCUCACAGUCAAAAGCAAGGCCUCUUCUGACAUUAAGUGAAUGAAAAAAAAAAAAACUGUACAAAUCCACUCUCUUUUCCCUCCA